GUUCAUGAACUUUAUUCCCAUACAGUAUUUUCCAAGGUCAUAAGUCAUAACUUCACCCUGUUCAAGUCAAGAGCCUUUCUUUGUGCAUGCCACCACCAGUCGUCUUUUUCCCUUUAUAUUCUACUGUAUGCAGGCCUUUUCAACUUUCUGUCUUCAAUAGCAAAGACUCAUGUCAAACCUCUCUUUACUCCAUCCUUUCAUAUUCCUUUCACAGCCGGCUACUUUCCUUUUAAAUUGAUAUAUAUAUAAAUUAAAACUAUUCUUACGGUCAAAAUAAACAAAAUAAAGCAUACAAAAAUUCAUCAGCCCCACCAUCUCAAAAUUACAUACAUGGAAUAGUAGACAGUAGUUAAGAACAAUCCAUCGAUUUCAUGAUAGUCAAAUCGAUGACAUACUAUUCGGUACAAUUGGGUUCAAUCAGUAUCGAUUACAAAAUUAGUUGAAAUGCUUCAGGUUUGAUUGACAUGCCCGAUUUUCUACCUCUAAAUAAAAUGACAUAAUUUUAGUGAAUAUAAUUUGAAAAUAUCUUUAUAUUUGUUUCUUAAAUUUAAAAGUUUAUGUUAAUUGUUGGAUUUAAAUAUAAACAUUUGAAUGUUGACGUCAAAUAUUGUAUUUAAGUACGAUGAUUUUUCAUUUUAUUUGAAAUAUUGUAUUUUACUAGAAUAUAAAUGUAGAAUUAAGAGAGAUUGUUUUCAAAUAUGUUAUGUAUGUAUAUGUUUAAAAAUCAUUCAAGUGUUAUUGAUUUCCCACUUCGCUACAACAUGUUUUAUUAAAAUUAACACGAACUGACAUAAACCAUUUAUACCACCUGCCGGACGAUACCACUUGUGAAACCAAUCGAGUUUGACAGAUCAAUUUAUAAGACCAUAUUAAUUUAGCGUGGCUCUCUAUGGAAAACAUAUCGCGUCAAUAAUAUUUUUUAACAUUAUAUUACGACCCCCCUGCCUAGCUUCUGUCUCCACUUGACCGUGAUGUUGCAUUUGGCUCAUACCCUAUCGUCUCAAUCAUGCGGCGAAUAAUUCCUCUUCACAUAACAACCCUCCACGUAAAACCAGUCAACCAUUCUCCAUUUCACCCCCUCCCUCAUAUAUACGUGUACACAAAUAAGAAGAAGAAAAAAAGCUACACACCACAAAAUCCUCCAUUUUGACCUUUACCUUCCCUUCAACCAUUACUCUAUACUUCCCAUUAGUCUCCCCCUAUGGCCCAGAACGAAUCAUGGCUCGAAAUCUUCUCCGCCCACAACGAUGUGAAUGUCCAUCCUCAGCCGACGUCCAUGGGAUUCGCCAGCAAAACCGUAUCCGAUCACCACCACCACCAUCGUCAAGGUGAUCGGUCGCUGUCUUCCGCCACGUUCCAGCUCCUCAACCACCGAGUGGUCAACAGCUUCACCGCCGAACCAUCCAACGAUAGCUUCAACGUGAUGGACGCCCGUGUCCCCACAAGCCUUUCCAUAGACGAGACGAUAAGACUGGCAGCAUUGAGGAUCGUCGGGUGCUCGGACUCGGACCGGGUCGGGAUCCCGUCCUUGCUCAACGUCCCGUUUGACCCGUCCAUCUCGGGGCUCUCGAUCGAGGACCAGAAGAACGUCGAGCUCGCGGAGUACCUCCUUUCCUCCGCGGACCGCGUCAACAGUCGCCAGUACGACGAGGCCAUCUCCCUCGUCGACCUGUGCGACUGCCUGUCCUCCCCGAAGGGGAAUGCGGUCCAGAGGGUGGUCCACUACUUCGCCAGAGGGUUGCGAGAACGGGUCGAGUACGAGACGGGACGGAACUACCCGCCGUCGUCAAAGAGGGACGACGACGAGAAGUCGUAUUUGGGCGACGUGCUGAGGCUGCCGUCGCCUUCCAUCGUCCUCUCGGUCCAGGAGCGGUUUCCUUACUAUCAGAUGCAACAGCUGGCGGCCGUGCAGGUCAUGCUGGAGUCGGCCGCAUCGGCCAGGAGGAUCCACGGGAUCGAUCUCAAGAUCAAGUCCGGGCUCCAUUGGAUCGCCUUCAUGCAGGCACUCGAAUCUCGACCCGCGGACGGGCCGCGGGUCGAGAUUCUGAAAGUGACCGCUCUGUGUACAGGAGCGGUCGAACCGGUUCGGGCCACGGGCGAGUGGCUGACCGGCUUCGCGAAGUCGAAGGGGUUGAAAUUUUGUUUCAAGAUUGUGAGGGUGGGGGAUGUUUUGGAUGUGAGGGGGGACAUGUUCGGGGUGGACCAAGGGAGGGAGGCGGUGAUGGUGUACUCGGAGCACGCUUUCGUGGCGAUGAUCGGUCAGCCCGACCGGAUGGAAACCCUGAUGCGGGUCGUGAGGGGGUUGAACCCGCAGCUCAUGGUCGUGACCGAGACUGAGGCGAACAACAACUCCCCGCAGUUCUCGGCGCGUUUCGUGGACACGCUGUUCCACUACGGCGCCGUUUUCGACAGCGUGGACGCUUGCAUGGGCGCGGACGACGAGAGCCGGACGUUCAUGGAGGGCGGGAUGAUGGGGAGGAUGAUCAGCAACAUUGUGGCGCGUGAGGGGGAGGAGCGCGUGAUACGGGGCGUGAAGCUGGACGUGUGGCGGGCUUUCUUUCGGCGGUUUGAGAUGGUGGAGCGGAGGCUGGGGCCGGUGGCGUGGCAGCAGGCGAGGCUGGUGCAUGAAACGGCGCCGAAUGGGGAGUUUUGCACGGUGGAGAGGGAUGGGAAGGCGAUGGUGAUUGGGUGGAAAGGCACGCCGUUGGUUUCGGUUUCCACGUGGAAGUUCUUCCGCUCGGCUAGGCUCGUGAACGGGAGCAAACACUUGCGGAUCGAGUUCGAAUAAUCAGAGAGCAUUAAUUGCUAUGGUAAUACUCGUAAUUAAGCGAGUCAAUAGUAUAGAUUCAGAUCCUACACAUAAAAUGAAUGUGUAUGGCGAAAGAAAGCAAAUGAUCCCUACUUCUCUAAAAUAGAUGCACAUUUUACUUUCUCUAAAGAUAUGAGUGAUUCUAACAUCCUGAUAGCAUUAUAUUCCACGUUACUACUUUGAUUAUUUUCUCAGCUACUAGACCACAAACAUGAUAACUAUGGUAGUAGAAGAAUCAAAGUUCAACUCAACAUUUAUGUAACCUCUUCGUCACGCUAUCUUCAAUCUUUCUCGUGCUCAUUCGAGUUGAAAGCUCUCCGAGCAAAUCCCGAUGUUGCAUGUGAAGACUUCCCCGCAUCUUCUUAGCUAGUCAUCGAGAUUCAAGAGGUUCACCUAGUGCAAUUUUAUUUUUGACUAUUCUUUUUAUUAAUGACGUUGAAUGUUGUGUUUGGAAUUGAGUUAGUGGUCUUUUCCCUAUGGAAAGAUUAGAUAGUCAGUGGUCACAGCUACACUCAUAAUUAAUGAAGGAAUGGUCAGUUGUCAUUGUUGUUUACAAUAUCUUUUCCCCUUGUUAUGCAUAAUUUCAAUGAUUAAAAUUGUGCAAGGUCUUUCUCAAUUGACCUUUGUCUACUUUGGCCGGUCAGGCGGUCACAACGUAGACAUCAUUGUAAGUAUUUACUUGUUUGUUGGGUUGCCAUUAGCAAAACAUAAUUUAUUUGGAUUGUUAAGAAGUUCCCAACCGCAUUACUACAACCAUGUGGCAAGAAACAACUCUUCAAAUUUACAUUUACGACUUAUCUCUCGAUUAAACGAAGGAGACGUGCAUAUAAUAUAUUAAUCUCAUAAUAAUGUUGCAUCAUUGGUUGAAUAAAACUAUAGUCCACUUAGUUAAUUGAUAUUUACUACAGUUUAGUUUCAUUAUAACUUAUAGUUAAUUGAUAGUAAAUAUCAAAUCAAGCAAUGUUUGAAGGAUAGCCACGUAAUACACACAAAGUGGUCGACAGCAGAAAGUGUUUUUCUAGCUUCGUUGGUUAUUAAAAAGUCCCUCUACUAUUUUUUACAUCAAACAUAUACCCUUAUACUUUGUAAAAAUGAUCAAACAUGUCAUUCUUUUAAAAUUUGCACAAAAAACCCAUCAAUCAUUGUCGAACCUUGAUUUGGGAGACAUGUGACUAAAAUAUUUCUAACAAUUUCACUUUAGAAUUGUUUUGUUUCUUUUGUCUAGCCAAAUAGCUCUAAUAAUUUCACUUUAACUAGACCUGGAGAAAUAAAUAAGAAAAACUGACAUUUCACCCCUAAUUUUUCUGAUGUCGGGUCGUGUGAAUCUCGGUUCAAUUAAUGAAAAUUUUAACAUAAGAGCAUGUUUGAUAAUUUUUCCAAAGUAUAGGGGCAUGUUUGAUGUAAAAAAUAAUAGAGAGACAUGUUUGAUAAAAUUGUAUAGUAGAGUGGCAUAAUAUCCCUAUAACCCUAAAAAGCAGCUUCAACACAAAACGUAUAAUGUGAAAUGAAAACUAUAGAGUAUACUAUGGUUGUCAAAUUGGUUUAGUGUUGACCUGUUCAAUUAGAGUUGCUUAUCACGUUAUUGACUAAUUUUUACAUUUACAGACACAGUUAGAUGAAUUGAUGACUAAUAAAUAAUAAUUACCAAUGAUGAUAUCGGGUAUUAUUUUUAUCCCAUAAUUAUCAAUGUUUAUUUAUGUAUUCCAACCUUAACUAUAUUUAAACAUAUUAUUAAACAAAAGAAAUGGUA